AUGGCACAUGCCCAAACGCACGCACAUCGCACCGGAGCACUUCCACACCUAGCCGGCGCCCGCGAGCAAUACUCGACGACGACGCCAUCCUUUCGACGCGGCGGCUCCGAGCUCCUGUCCCGAUCGCCUUCUUUCCCCGGCGCGCCGCUCCGCCGACAUCAGUUGACGACGGCUCAGCAAGGCUCGCUCACCGGCUUCAUUCCCGCGGCAGCAAGGAUGGACGCCGGGCAGUACGCCGCGCGAGCGUCGAGCCAGCCAAACCAAGUGCCGCCGCUGCAACCCCUUCAGGCACUCGGCACGCUGCAAUACAUGGAUUCAACGAUGGCCCCGAUCAAGCUAGAAAUCAACGGUGCCGUCGACAAGGGUCCCUUUCUCUCGCCAGACCACGAGUGGACAUGCUACCGGCGAAACUACCUAGCGUGCGUCUGUUCGUUCCAGCUUAGCCCAUACUACCCCACGAUGGCAAUCCAGUUCACGCCCAGCUCGAGCUCGGGCUCCAGCCAGUCGUUCCCCGUCUACGGCUUCGCCAUGUCCAUCUCGGCCGUCGUGGCGGAGAACGAGCAGCAGAGCAUCGAACUGGUCCAACACACGCCCAAGAGAGACAAGGGCCCCAUAAGCAAACCGUCAAAGGUGUCCAUGGCGCCCAAGACGAGCUCCCCGGCGCACCAUUCGCUUGCCGGCUAUGGCGACGUUCCAACGGUCCCUGGCGCGAGGGGCCUGUAUCCGGACGGAUUCACGACUCCGCAGGCUGCCGGACAGGCUCUCCCCAGCGAGCACACGUUUGAGCGUAUCCAGUUCAAGCAGGCAACGCAGAACAACGGCAAACGGCGGGCAGCGCAGCAAUACUACCAGCUGAUUGUGGAGCUCUGGGCCGACGUUGGCGUCCACGAUCCAGACCAGUUCGUCAAGGUGGCGUACCGUAAGUCAGCCAAGAUGAUCGUGCGAGGCCGUUCGCCGGGCCAUUAUCAGAACGAGAGACGAGGAAGCCAAGGCAACGGACCAGGGGGUUCCGCCGGCACCCUGGGCGGCUAUGCACCUCUCGGCCACAUGGCAGACUUUAACUCCAGCGCCAUGCUCGGCGGGGCUGGAACAGGCGGCUAUGCAACAACGUACGACAAGUUUGACGCCCGGGGGAACGUCUACAGCGGCCGACAGCACGAGAUGCCAGAAGAUCCGAUGCUGACUGCCUCUGAUGACGCCAAAGCCAUGGACGGCUCCAAGGCGGCCUACCAGUACUACCCGGGGACGACAAUGUACGACGGCCACCACCAUCAACAUCAACACCAUCACCACCACCAUCACGGCCACCAUGCGGACCGAGUCGACAUAUUCAACCACAGGGCUGGGGCAGAGGCCGUCAUGCCGACCAUGGGGCCAGACGGCAAGGUCAAGAACGAGUAUGAGCUCAACAUGCUACCCCGGCCUUUUGGCGCCACGCCCCGGGUCAUUGCGGACCCGCGCCAGCACGAUCAGUUUGACGGCAAGACGCCCUCGACCGGCGGCUACUACCCCUCCAUCCUGUCGCCGCCCGGAAUCAACAUGACAAUGUCUUGA